UAAGGUGAAACGUGAUUUUCUGGCGCGGUGCAUUGUGGUCUGAAAACCCCGGCCUUCUUUGACUCACUCUGCAAGAUGGCGACGUCCCUGGGCUCGAACACCUACAACAGACAGAACUGGGAAGACGCAGAUUUCCCAAUUCUGUGCCAGACAUGUUUAGGAGAAAAUCCUUACAUUCGUAUGACCAAAGAGAAAUAUGGGAAAGAAUGCAAGAUUUGUGCUCGGCCCUUUACUGUGUUCCGGUGGUGUCCAGGAACACGUAUGCGUUUUAAGAAGACAGAAGUCUGCCAGACUUGCAGUAAAAUGAAGAAUGUUUGUCAGACGUGUUUGCUGGACCUGGAGUACGGCUUGCCUAUCCAGGUUCGAGAUACUGGGCUUUCCAUUAAAGAUGAGGUUCCUAGGUCUGAUGUGAACAAAGAAUACUACACACAGAACAUGGAAAGAGAGAUAGCGAAUACUGAUGGAACACGGGCAGUAGGCCAGAUAGGCAAGGCCACCAGCUCUAGCGAUAUGUUGCUGAAACUUGCCCGGACCACACCAUACUACAAAAGGAACAGGCCACACAUCUGUUCUUUCUGGGUGAAAGGAGAGUGUAAGAGAGGAGAGGAGUGUCCAUACAGGCACGAGAAACCCACAGAUCCUGAUGAUCCUUUAGCCGACCAGAACAUAAAAGAUCGUUACUAUGGUAUUAAUGACCCAGUAGCUGACAAGCUGCUGAAACGGGCCUCAACUAUGCCCCGACUGGACCCCCCAGAGGACAAAUCUAUCACUACUCUCUACAUAGGGGGUCUGGGAGAUACUGUCACAGAUGGUGACCUCAAGAGUCACUUUUAUCAAUUUGGUGAGAUUCGCACCAUUACUAUAGUCCAAAGGCAACAGUGUGCCUUUAUCCAGUUUGCCACUCGACAGGCAGCUGAGACGGCUGCUGAGAAGUCCUUCAACAAACUCAUCAUUAAUGGCAGGAGACUUACUGUCAAGUGGGGAAGGUCUCAGGCAGCAAGAGGGAAGGAUGGCAAAGAUGGUGUGAGUGAGAUGGGAACUAGGCUUGAUCCAGUUCCUGGACUUCCUGGAGCUCUUCCUCCACCACCAGCUUUAGAUGAAGAGACUCCUGCCAACUACUUCAACCUGGACCCAAGCGCACCUCCUGCUGUGAUGAACCUUACUCUACCCCCACCUCCAGGCAUUAACCCACCUCCCCCAGGUUUUGGUCCUCCAAUGUUUCACCCCAUGGGUCCUAUGGCUCCACCAAUGCCCCCGCCAAUGAGCAUGCGACCUCCUGGUCAAAUCCACUACCCAUCUCAGGACCCUCAGCGCAUGGGUGCCCAUGCUGCACAUGGUUCACGCCACAGUGAAUAGCUGCUAAAGCGAAAUAACGCUGUGAUUUGGAGUCUUUCUUCACCUAAAUCCAGACCUGGUCAGGUUCUUUCAGUGCAUGUGAAACCCACAGCUUAACUCUGGAAGAUACAAAACUAGGAGAGAGUAAUUAUUUCCUUAAAGAAUAAAAUGAUUUAUUAUGCCACCUGCUGUGCAGUUAAUAAACUGUACAAGCACCUUCUGGAGAGACAACAACCAGCAUGUAACAAGAUGACUUAGUCACUGCUCGUAGGUAAAAUGCAGCAGAACAACAUCUGAUCAGUGACACUUAACAUGAUGGAAAGCUUCAAACAAGAGAGUAUUGACCAGUGUGAUCAGGGCUGUAUGGUUUUGACAGGCUGCUCUUGUAGGAGCCAAUGUACAUAUAACACGUUAACAUUAGGUUAAAUUUGUAUUCGUCACGUACAGUGUAUCGUGUGGAGGAGGUGUAUUUUUAAACCUUUUCAGUUACAUCCACUUUUUUAUUUGAUGAAUCCAUAAAUGUUCCUCGUCAUGUUGACUGACUGACUGUAAGGGUUUCUUUGAACAUUGUUUUCACUUGUCAUUAAAAUGACUCGGUUUUAUGAUCUCAA